AUGUCAGUGAACACCCCUUCCAGCUCAGUGCCCAGUGGUGCCAGCCGUUUUCAAGUCCAUGUCGUAAACGAGGGCCGUGGCAGCUGCGCCGCCAUGAGCGACAGCACGGACCCUCCACAUUACGAAGAGACCUCGUUUGGAGACGAAGCCCAAAACAGACUGAGAAUCAGCUUUCGGCCUGGGAAUCAGGAGUGCUACGACAAUUUCAUCCAAAAUGGAGACGCUGCUAAAACAGACACCACCUUUCACGCCUACGACUCUCACACAAACACCUACUACCUACAAACCUUUGGCCACAACACCGUGGACGCCGUCCCGAAGAUUGAGUACUACCGCAACACGGGCAGCGUGAGCGGGCCCAAGGUCAAUCGGCCCAGCCUUCUGGAGAUCCACGAGCAGCUGGCCAAGAAUGUGGCCGUGGCCCCUGGCUCAGCCGACAGGGUUGCUAAUGGUGAUGGAAUGCCUGGAGAUGAACAAGCAGAAAACAAGGAAGAAGACACAGCCGGGGUUGUGAAGUUUGGAUGGGUGAAAGGCGUGCUGGUGAGAUGCAUGCUGAACAUCUGGGGAGUCAUGCUCUUCAUUCGCCUCUCCUGGAUUGUCGGAGAAGCCGGAAUUGGUCUGGGAGUCAUCAUCAUCGCCCUGAGCGUAGUAGUGACGACACUCACAGGUAUUUCUAUGUCCGCUAUUUGCACAAACGGAGUAGUUCGAGGAGGAGGAGCCUACUACCUGAUUUCCCGGAGCUUAGGGCCCGAGUUCGGUGGGUCUAUAGGCUUGAUCUUUGCUUUCGCCAACGCAGUGGCUGUCGCCAUGUAUGUGGUGGGGUUCGCAGAGACUGUGGUAGAUCUCCUUAAGGAGAGUGACUCAAUGAUGGUGGAUCCAACCAAUGACAUCCGGAUAAUUGGCUCCAUCACCGUGGUGAUUCUCCUAGGAAUCUCAGUAGCUGGGAUGGAGUGGGAAGCGAAGGCCCAGGUGAUUCUCCUGGUUAUUCUUCUCAUUGCCAUUGCAAACUUCUUCAUUGGAACUGUCAUUCCAUCCAACAACGAGAAGAAGUCUAGAGGCUUCUUCAACUACCAAGCGGCCAUAUUUGCAGAAAACUUUGGGCCAAGCUUCACAAAGGGUGAAGGCUUCUUCUCCGUCUUUGCCAUCUUUUUCCCCGCUGCCACUGGGAUCCUUGCUGGUGCCAACAUCUCUGGAGACCUGGAGGAUCCCCAGGAUGCCAUCCCCAGAGGAACCAUGCUGGCCAUUUUCAUCACCACUGUUGCCUACAUAGGUGUUGCUAUCUGUGUAGCGGCAUGUGUGGUCAGAGAUGCCACUGGAAGCAUAAAUGACACCAUCGUUUCUGGGAUGAACUGCAACGGGUCCGCAGCCUGCCAACUGGGCUACGACUUCUCAAGAUGUCAGCAUGAACCUUGUCAGUACGGGCUGAUGAACAAUUUCCAGGUCAUGAGCAUGGUGUCAGGGUUCGGUCCCCUCAUCACCGCGGGGAUCUUUUCCGCAACACUCUCCUCGGCUCUGGCCUCCCUCGUCAGUGCGCCCAAAGUCUUCCAGGCCCUGUGCAAGGACAACAUCUUCAAAGGACUGCAGUUCUUCGCAAAGGGCUAUGGGAAAAACAACGAGCCCCUGAGAGGAUACCUCCUCACGUUUGUGAUCGCCAUGGCAUUCAUUCUCAUCGCCGAGCUGAACGUCAUCGCGCCCAUCAUCUCCAACUUCUUCCUGGCCUCGUAUGCACUUAUUAAUUUCUCCUGCUUCCAUGCCUCAUACGCCAAAUCACCAGGAUGGAGGCCAGCAUAUGGGAUUUACAACAUGUGGGUAUCUCUAUUUGGAGCAAUUUUGUGCUGUGCAGUCAUGUUCGUCAUCAACUGGUGGGCAGCUGUCAUCACCUAUGUCAUUGAGUUAUCCCUCUAUAUCUAUGUGACUUAUAAGAAGCCAGAUGUGAACUGGGGCUCCUCCACACAGGCGCUUUCCUAUGUGAGCGCUUUAGACAAUGCUCUGGAAUUAACCACAGUGGAAGACCAUGUGAAAAAUUUCAGACCCCAGUGCAUUGUCUUAACAGGGGGACCCAUGGCAAGACCCGCUCUCUUGGAUAUAACCCAUGCUUUUACGAAGAACAGCGGCCUCUGCAUCUGCUGUGAAGUCUUUGUGGGCCCUCGCAAGCUGUGUGUCAAGGAGAUGAACAGCGGCAUGGCUAAAAAACAGGCCUGGCUUAUAAAGAACAAAAUCAAGGCGUUUUAUGCGGCAGUGGCAGCAGACUAUUUCAGAGACGGUGUCCGGAGUCUCCUUCAGGCCUCAGGCUUGGGGAGAAUGAAGCCAAACACUCUCGUGAUUGGAUAUAAAAAGAACUGGAGGAAAGCUCCCUUGUCAGAGAUUGAGAACUACGUGGGAAUCCUACACGACGCCUUUGACUUUGAGAUCGGUGUGGUCAUCGUCAGAAUCAGUCAAGGGUUUGACAUCUCUCCAGUUCUCCAGGUCCAAGAUGAACUGGAAAAACUGGAACAGGAGCGGCUGGCUCUGGAGGCCGCAAUCAAAGACAAUGAGAGUGAGGAGAGGAAGGGCGGCAUCCGGGGCUUGUUUAAGAAAGCUGGCAAGCUGAGCAUUACCAAGCCAGCUCCGAAGAAAGACAACAACAUCAACACCAUCCAGUCGAUGCAUGUCGGGGAGUUCAACCAGAAACUGGUGGAAGCCAGUGCUCAGUUUAAAAAGAAACAAGGAAAAGGCACGAUUGAUGUGUGGUGGUUGUUCGAUGAUGGAGGGUUAACACUUCUUAUUCCAUAUAUCUUGACUCUCAGAAAAAAAUGGAAAGACUGUAAGCUAAGAAUCUACGUUGGAGGAAAGAUCAACCGUAUUGAAGAGGAAAAGAUUUCAAUGGCUUCUCUCCUCAGCAAAUUUAGGAUAAAAUUUGCAGACAUCCAUAUAAUUGGAGACAUCAACAUCAAGCCAAACAAAGAGAGCUGGAAAGUCUUUGAGGAGAUGAUUGAACCUUAUCGACUCCAUGAAAGCCACAAAGAUUUGACCACUGCUGAGAAAUUAAAAAGAGAGAGCCCGUGGAAAAUUACAGACGCAGAACUGGAAGCAGUCAAGGAAAAGAGUUACCGCCAAGUCCGGCUGAAUGAGCUCUUACAGGAACAUUCGAGAGCCGCCAACCUGAUCGUGCUGAGCCUUCCAGUGGCGAGAAAAGGAUCUAUAUCGGAUUUGCUGUACAUGGCAUGGUUGGAAAUUCUGACCAAGAACCUGCCUCCUGUGUUACUGGUUAGAGGAAAUCACAAAAAUGUCCUGACAUUUUACUCCUAA